CUGAGCUCCACUGGCGUGAGGAGUCCCUGCAGCUUUGGGCAUGAGGAGAUCUCUGUAGGACUCGAGACGGAAGACAUUCUUUUCAGGUUUGGGGCGUGAGGAGGUUCCUGUCAGUUGGGGAAGCAUUGAAGAGACUCUUCCAUCGUCCAGAGAGGACGCCUGCUGCUGCCUCCCGCCCGUCUUGGUACCACGAACCUGGCCCGCCACAGAACGCUCCAAGGCCCGGUGAAGAUGGCCUCAGUGCCGGUGUAUUGCCUCUGCCGUCUGCCUUAUGAUGUGACCCGCUUCAUGAUCGAAUGUGACAUGUGCCAGGACUGGGUUCAUGGCAGUUGUGUUGGUGUCGAAGAGGAGAAGGCUGCUGACAUAGACCUCUACCACUGUCCCAACUGUGAGGUCUUACAUGGGCCUUCUAUUAUGAAAAAACGGCGUGGAUCUUCAAAGGGGCAUGAUACACAAAAGGGGAAGCCAGUGAAGACUGGAAGUGCCACAUUCAUUCGAGAACUCCGGAGUAGAACUUUUGACAGCUCAGAUGAAGUGAUUCUGAAGCCCACUGGAAAUCAGCUGACUGUGGAAUUCCUAGAAGAGAACAGCUUCAGUGUGCCCAUCCUUGUCUUGAAAAAGGAUGGAUUGGGGAUGACACUGCCUUCGCCAUCAUUCACUGUGAGAGAUGUGGAACACUAUGUUGGAUCUGACAAAGAAAUUGAUGUGAUUGAUGUGACCCGCCAGGCUGACUGCAAGAUGAAGCUCGGUGAUUUUGUGAAAUAUUAUUACAGUGGGAAGAGAGAGAAAGUCCUCAAUGUCAUCAGUUUGGAAUUCUCUGAUACCAGACUUUCUAACCUUGUGGAGACACCCAAGAUUGUUCGAAAGCUGUCCUGGGUCGAGAACUUGUGGCCAGAAGAGUGUGUCUUUGAGAGACCCAAUGUGCAGAAGUACUGCCUCAUGAGCGUGAGGGAUAGCUAUACAGACUUUCACAUUGACUUUGGUGGCACCUCAGUCUGGUACCAUGUACUCAAGGGUGAGAAGAUCUUUUACUUGAUACGCCCAACAAAUGCCAACCUGACUCUCUUUGAGUGCUGGAGCAGCUCCUCUCAUCAGAAUGAGAUGUUCUUUGGGGACCAGGUGGACAAGUGCUACAAAUGUUCUGUGAAGCAAGGACAGACACUCUUCAUUCCUACAGGGUGGAUUCAUGCUGUGUUGACCCCUGUGGACUGCCUUGCCUUUGGAGGGAACUUCUUACACAGCCUUAACAUCGAAAUGCAGCUCAAAGCCUAUGAGAUUGAGAAGCGGCUGAGCACAGCAGACCUCUUCAAGUUCCCCAAUUUUGAGACCAUCUGUUGGUAUGUGGGAAAGCACAUCCUGGACAUCUUUCGAGGUUUGCGAGAGAACAGGAGACACCCUGCCUCCUACCUGGUCCAUGGUGGCAAAGCCCUGAACUUGGCCUUUAGAGCCUGGACAAGGAAAGAAGCUCUGCCAGACCAUGAGGAUGAGAUCCCGGAGACAGUGCGGACCGUACAACUCAUUAAAGAUCUUGCUAGGGAGAUCCGCCUGGUGGAAGACAUCUUCCAACAGAACGUUGGGAAGACGAGCAAUAUCUUUGGGCUGCAGAGGAUCUUCCCAGCUGGCUCCAUUCCCUUAACCAGGCCAGCCCAUUCCACUUCAGUAUCCAUGUCCAUGCUGUCAUUAUCCUCCAAAAGUGGUUCAAAGAAGAAAGGCCUGAAGCCCAAGGAACUCUUCAAGAAGGCAGAGCAAAAGGGCAAGGAGAGUUCAGCCUUGGGGCCUGCUGGCCAGUUGAGCUAUAAUCUCAUGGAUACAUACAAUCAUCAGGCACUGAAGACAGGCCCUUCCCAGAAAGCAAAGUUCAACAUCACUGGCACCUGCUUGAAUGACUCAGAUGAUGAUUCACCAGAUGUGGACCUUGAUGGGAAUGAGAGCCCGCUGGCCCUGUUGAUGCCUAAUGGCAGUACCAAGAGGAUAAAGAGCUUAUCCAAGUCUCGGCGAGCUAAGAUUGCAAAGAAGGCAGACAAAACUAGGCUGGUGGCAGAACAGAUGAUGGAGGAUGAGUUUGACUUGGAUUCAGAUGAUGAGCUGCAGAUUGAUGAGAGAUUGGGAAGGGAGAAGGCAACCCUCAUAAUAAGACCAAAAUUUCCCCGGAAGUUACCCCGUGCCAAGCCUUGCUCUGACCCAAACCGAGUUCGUGAACCAGGAGAAGUUGAGUUUGACAUUGAGGAGGACUAUACAACAGAUGAGGACAUGGUUGAAGGGGUAGAAGGCAAGCUUGGGAAUGGGAGUGGAGCUGGUGGAAUUCUUGAUCUGCUCAAGGCCAGCAGGCAGGUGGGGGGACCUGACUAUGCUGCUCUCACUGAGGCCCCAGCCUCUCCCAGUACUCAGGAGGCCAUCCAAGGCAUGUUGUGCAUGGCCAACCUGCAGUCCUCAUCGUCCUCACCAGCUACAUCCAGCCUGCAGGCCUGGUGGACCGGGGCACAGGAACGAAGCAGUGGGAGCUCCAGCAGUGGGUUGGGCACAGUUUCUAACAGUCCUGCUUCCCAGCGCACCCCAGGAAAGCGACCUAUCAAGCGGCCAGCAUACUGGAGAACCGAGAGUGAGGAAGAAGAGGAGAAUGCUAGUCUGGAUGAACAGGACAGCUUGGGAACAUGCUUCAAGGAUGCAGAGUAUAUCUACCCAUCACUGGAGUCUGAUGAUGAUGACCCUGCUUUGAAAUCUCGACCCAAGAAAAAGAAGAAUUCAGAUGAUGCUCCAUGGAGUCCUAAAGCUCGUGUGACCCCAACUCUACCAAAGCAGGACCCCCCUGUACGUGAGGGGACUCGGUUAGCCUCCAUUGAGACAGGGUUGGCUGCAGCAGCUGCAAAACUGGCCCAGCAGUUUUUAGGUCUGGUGACCUGGAGAAUUGUGAAGUCCUCUGUUAAAAGAAAAAGGCCAGCAAGAGGAAGAGAAACUGUUGAGCUACAGAAGGCCCAAAAGAAGAAAUAUAUUAAGAAGAAGGCUUUACUGAAGGAAGUAGAACAGCCUCGUCCUCAAGACUCCAAUCUCAGUGUGCCAGUACCAGCCACAACUCUGGCUGCUACUCCCCAGCUUCUCACCUCUGCCUCACCCCUGCCUCCUCCUGAGCCUAAACAAGAGGCCCUGUCGGGAAGUCUUGCUGACCAUGAGUAUACUGCUCGUCCUAAUGCUUUUGGCAUGGCCCAGGCAAACCGUACCACCACACCGAUGGCCCCCGGUGUAUUCUUGACUCAGCGGCGCCCUUCAGUUGGCUCCCAGAGCAAUCAGGCAGGACAAGGAAAGCGUCCCAAAAAGGGCCUGGCCACAGCAAAGCAGAGACUUGGCCGUAUCCUGAAAAUCCACAGAAAUGGCAAACUACUUCUGUGAGCCCCCUUGUGUCCCACCCUCAUCCCCUCAAUCCCAUUGCCUUCUCUGAUGUCAACUCUUGGGGCACUUCUGGAUCCUGUCUGCCCCUGACAAGGUGCUGAGGCGCGUUGUCCUGCUUUCUUGGGACUGACCAAAGGCACGAACUCCUCCAUGGACCCCUCCACUGAAUCUCCCCUUCUCCCGUCCCUACUCCUCUAGCACAUCUUGAUUUCUUUUUCCAUGCCCCUGAAUAACAGUUAAAUGGGAGAGGUUUCCAGCUGACUAGAACUGUUUCCUCCGAUCCACUCCCUCUUGCCUGCUUUGUCUGUCCUUUACUCCUGUCACCCCAUAGAGCUAGAGGGCAUGAGGAAGAAAUGCAUGAAGAGAGCCUAGGCCUCUUCAUAUUUCCCUGGCUGUGAAAUGGGAGGCCCAGUGCUCAACCUUUCUGCAACUCCAGCCUGUCUCCAGAAACCUCCCCACCUCUGCCCAUUCUUCCUUCCCUUUCCUUCCCCUAGUCUAGUGGAUAUAUCCCUCCUCUAGACUUGAUCAUGGAGGAAGACUGUGGUCUCUGUCUCCUCUUGCCAAAUGUUUUAUGAAAUAAAGAGGAUGACCCAGA